AUGAAUAUAAUCAAAACAACAAAAUGUGUUCCAAUAGUGAUAGAGUUGGGAAUAGAUGCAGCAGCUGAUCAACAAUCAGUAUUGUUUGAACAAAAGUUUAGAGCUGCUCUGCAAAGACAAAUAGAAUCCAAUGGUUCUCCACUUGCUCAUAUUCAAGGUGUAGAUAUUGAAUUAUCAUUUACACUCGAACCAUAUAAAGCACGUGCUGCAACUCAGCUCCCCGUCGACGGAGCAGACACUCCUCCCCGUUACCCAGGUAAAGAUGUCAUCAACUUGGUUCCAAGACAAAACAAAUGUCAACAAUACUCUCCAAAUGAAUCUGUAGUAGCUGUUUUUUAUGAUGGAGUUGGAACUCAAGAUGUAAUUGAACAAAAAAAAGAUUUCUUGACUACAUUUCUUUUUGAUGGAUCUUUGGAUGAUCGAUUUGAUGUUGUGGCCCAAAGAGUACUUGGUCAUUUCUCAAAUAGUAAUUUGUAUAAAAUAAUAUUGUCAAAAUUCAAUGCUGGUGAUACUCAAUUUAUUGAUAGAAUAUUUGGUUUAAAUGAUCUUCCCGAGGAAUUUAUACAACAAAUUGAUCAAGUUGGAAAGAGUAUAGCAAUGGAUUUUUUAAUUUCAAAAGAUAAAAUUCAAAUAUCAAAAUAUAAUGGAGUAUUAAAUAUUAUGAAUUGGUUGGAUAAUGUUAAAAAUUCCUCUUCUUCUUCUUCGACAAGACCACAUGUUCGAUUGAAUCUACAAGAUGGUGGAUUUGUAUUGUUUCCAGAGAUUCCAUUAAAGUGUUGGCAAAAUUUGAUUGAAUUGGAUGUAGAGAAUAACAAGAUCAAAGAGAUUAGUCCGGCCAUCAAGAAUAUGAAACAACUCAAAGUACUCAAUAUCAAAAAUAAUUGUCUCGAUAGUUUCCCCAUUGAAUUGUGUGAAUGUCCCGAACUAAAGAUCAUCGAGUUCUCCAACAACCCAUUGUUUUUCGUUCCCAAAGACUCGGAUGCUUUCUAUUCGACCAAGAACCUACUCAAUUUCUACAGCAACACCAAAAAAGAACUCAAGACUGAGAAAUGGCCAUUCUUUAAAUUAAUGUUGUUUGGUGACGAGUCGUCUGGCAAGACUAGUCUAUUGGAAUGCAUCAAGGGUGUGAAAUCGGCUGAACCACCAGCACCAACCAAACUAGUGUCCAUCAGCAAAUACUACUCCAAGACCAACAAGUUUACCUUUUCAGCAUGGGACUUUUCGGGCAACACAAAGUAUCGGUCGGUACAUCAACCACUCAUCACUCCCAACGGUCUCUAUAUUAUCACAUUUGACGUCACACAAGACAAUUGGAAGGACUCGGUAGAGUAUUGGCUAUCGCAAGUCAGCUCGGUCAACUUUAACCAAUCGGAUCGGUCACCAUCUGUCUUUUUCGUCGGCACUCAUACAGACACGGUCAAAUCAGACCGAUUAAAAUCAAUAGAAAAUACAUUCAAACAAUCCCUUCUCCCAGGCAAGACAAGUAUUGCCAGUUCACUCUUUUUCGUGUCUUCGAAAAAAGAAAAAGGUAUUAGCGAUCUCAAAAAAUCCAUCUAUAUGGAAGCUCAAAAGAGAGUCACCCUCGUCAAUGGCAGCCAUCUCUUGUUUGAAAGACAACUCAAUCACUUUACAUCGACAUACUAUGCCAACCAAGAAGAUAGAAAUGUCAUCAUUGUCCAGAAAAUCGAACAAAUGGCCCCCAAAUCCUACGUUAAAAGCGCUCUCUCUGUCAUCAACAAUCUCAACGAAAGUGGUAUUGUAGUCUAUCGCCGUCCACAUAUAUUUAUCAAUUGUGAAUGGUUUAUCAAUGAAUUGGAUACAAAAGUUAUACUUGAAAAAGAUACCCUCAAUAUAACACAUGUUAAUAACUUCUUUGUUUAA